AUGCCGUCAGCCAUACAGAACAUUCCGUCAACUGCGAGGAGUAUAUUCGCAACCAAGGAACUUUCAAAAUGGAAUAUGCGGGUGUUAGGGCGAUGGCUCCACACUGAGGUUUUUGAUCCGGCCCGCGAUGUCUCCGCCUUCGCCGCGUCGAUCCGGCAGUGCGCGGCGACCGGGAGCCUGGCGCGAGCGCGGGAUUGCCACUCGCGGAUCCUCCACAGCCGGCACAGCGGCAACACAUUCCUCGGCAAUCUCCUCAUCACAAUGUACGCCCGUUGCGGGAGCUUGGAGGAGGCGAGGGCGGUGUUUGAUGGCCUCGAUUCUCCCAAUACCUUCUCCUGGAAUGCGAUCGUGUCGGCGUACGCGCAGGAGCGGCAGCUGGAUUCCGCGCGGGAGCUCUUUGAUCGGAUGCCGGAUCGCGAUGCCGUUUCCUGGAAUCUCAUGCUCAAGGCGCAUGCCCAGUGUGGGGAUCUGGAAGGGGCCAAGUUCUUGUUCGAUCGAAUGUGGCCAAGAAACGUCAUCUCCUGGACUGCGGUCGUCGCGGUCUACUCCCAGUCCGGGCACAUCGCUGAGGCGGAGGCGAUCUUCCAGAGAAUGCCCCAGCACGACACAAUCGCAGGGAACGCCAUGGUCACAGCAUAUGCCCAAUACGGGCAUUUGCGUGAAGCGUUUACUAUAUUCGACACCAUGCCGCUCAAGAACGAUCUCUCGUGGAAUUUAAUGCUCCAGGCAUUUUCGGUUAACUCCAGCCCAGAGGACGCGCUACACUUCUUCGAAUCCGUGCCUUGCCGGAACGUGGUGUCGUGGAACGCUUUACUCGCAGCAUUUGCCCAAAGAGGGCGCUUGGCGGAGGCCAGCAGGACUUUCGAGAUGAUGCCGCAGCUGGAGCUCGCGUCGUGGAAUACCAUGAUCACAGCGUUUGCAAACACCGGCUAUCUCUCCAGAGGCCGAGAGCUCUUCGCGACGAUGCCCGAGUUUGAUAUCAUCUCCUGGAACACGCUCAUCGCUGGCUAUGCCGAGAAUGCCUCGUACAAGACCGCCGUGGAGCUCUUCCGGGAGCUCAACCUCGAGGGACUCAAGCCCACCGAGAGCACUUUCGUGGGUCUACUGAUAGGAUGCAACCGCGGAGGCAAAGUGAAGAGAGCUCACGAGCACUUCGUGUCGAUGAUCACCCAGUAUGGACUGCGGCCCGAGCUCGAUCACUACGGCUGCAUGGUGGAGGUCCUGGGCCGAGCAAAGCAGCUGGGUCAUGCCGAGGAGCUUCUCCACGAAAUGCCAUUCUUCCCAGGACCUGUUGCUUGGACGAGCUACUUGAGCUCGUCUUCUCGCCAACAUGUACACCGAGAAAGCAGCAGCGCAGCAGCAGCAGCAACAGUCCCCGAUGAUCGACGGAGAGGUUGUCCCGGAAAGUUUUGA